AACAAACGCGCUCCAAUGGACAAAAAGUGCGGGAAACCGGGACUGUUCAAAGUGUACGCUUUGUCUGUCGUCUCUCCCAUUUAUUUUUUGGUUUUCGCGAAUAAUUUCGCUGAAAUUAUUAUUUAUUCCUGAUAAAAAUGAGUUCCCGGGUGACUAGAUCCAGGUCCCAGACUCCGCAGACUGCUGUAACCGACUUUUUCAAGACCACCAGAAAACCGAGAGCAAGAGGAGAAAAGAAGAUUAUCGAUGAAAGCAUCACAAAGACCACUACAAUUAAAGAAGUACAAAUUCCUGCUGCUCCAAUCGUCGAGAAUAAAUCCUCCCGAACUCGCGCUCGGACUCCAUCCCGUCAAGCGGAAUUAUCGAGUUCCGGAACUCCGCCAAAAAAAGCUAGAGAAGCUGAAGCAGAAGCCCCUGAGCUUCCCAAAAUCCAUGAAGAUAUUAUUCUGGAAAAUCCGGCUCCUCAGAAGUCAGCGAUCGAUAAGCUAAUGGAAGCAUCCGGCCCAGCGAAAAAGAAGGCUGGAAUUCGAACUGUUGCAGAUUUACAAGCAAGAAUAGCUGCAAAAGGAGCAGCUAAAGCGAUUCAUGAGCAAAAUUUGAAGAACAAAACGAAGCAGGUCGAUGAUCACGUGGAAUUGCUGAAAUCUCCGAAGAAACCAGUUAUUGUUGAGCAUCACAAAUCACCUCAGAAAUCCAAGGCCGCUCGUAAUCUGUUCUCACCGAAGAAGCCAGUUCCAGACUAUAUUAUUCCCGGCUUUAAUGUCCUGAAAUCGGCCGAAAAAGUUCGCGGAGAGCAGGAUGAUGCUCACGAAGAAGAGGGAAAACGAAUGACUGCAGAGUUUCUGAAGAGCUCACGGCUUAUUGAUGAAGUUAAGGAGAGUGCACGUCAACGGAUUGAACUUCCAACUGCGUAUGAACAUCUCGCUGAUACUUUCAAACGAAUCGAUCAGAUCACUGCGAUCUUUAUCGGUCAGAAUCGAAGCUGUGUGGUUCCUGAGUUGAUCAAGAAUGUUAAGAAUACGUCUGGAAAGGAUUUUUCCAAUGAACAUUUGUCACAAAUUCUUCAUGUAUAUCCUCAAUCAUAUCAUAUUGAGAUGCGUGAACAGCGAAAAGCAUUCGGCCAGGGCGGGAAGUAUGAACUUGAGGUUCGACCGAAUCUCGUGGAAGAUCUACGAGGCUACAUUUACGAAAAAUCCCCCACCGACGGCGACACCGAAGAUCUUCCACUAGUCUGCCCAUCAAAGCUGCUCUCCCCAAAGAAAAGCCCCAGAAAACAAGUUCAACCGGCUCUCCGAAAGCCAGAAGUCGACGGGAGGAUUCGCCUGGACGCUGCUCGUCAAAGAGACCGAGCUCAUGUUUUCCGUUAUAAGUUGGCCUCGAUUGUCACGAAAUGUCAUACGGAAUUUUUGGAAUCUCAAGGAUUAUGUGCUUCUUCGAAUAUUAAGAGAAUGCAUCCAUUAUUCCGACUUGACAAGCAUUGUCCAUCACUGCCGCAGGUGAAACUUCCAGAACCUCCUCUACAGAAAUCAUCGAUUCAUAUUGGAAUGAAAGAAGCUUUAGAUAAAUAUAUGGAUCAAGUAUCUCUACCAUCAUUUGUUCAAAAAGCUUAUCAAGACUUAAAAUCUCCACUGAAAUCAACUACAGGAGCAUCUGGAACAGUUCCAAUCUCGCCGAAAAAGUUCUCCGAGAUGCAAAAAGAGCAGAAGAGCCAGGGAGCAAUGUCACUUUUAGAGCGUAUUCGUGCGAAGGAAGCAAUCAAAAAGGCGGCUGAAGCUUGUAUUGAUAAGGAUCUUGAGAGAAGAAAGCAACGUCUAACACUGCUCCGUGACCGAUAUGUUCGAAUUGUGUGCAAUCAUUAUACGGCGAAACGGGCUCAGACGAUGGAAAUUGAUGUGAUUUGCAAAUUUGUGCAGUUCAGCUCGUCCAACUCGUCUUCGAUUCCUGAUAUUAUGGAUCAUUUGAGAUUGUUGUGUGAGGUCGCACCGAUGUACAUCUCUGAAGCUAGUUUAAUGAACAAAAAAUACUUCCGAUUCACCGACAACAACAUUGAAGCAAUCAACGAGUUGCUCGAUGAAGAGCUCCAAAUUACUCAGAAAAAGAUUGAUGAGCAACGAAACACCCAAAUUGCACAAAUGAGCCACCACCACACACCACGGCCAUCCAAAGCAGCAAGAUCUCUCAAAUUUCAUUAAAAACUAAUUUCUAAGCCAUUUGUAACUAAUUUUCUCACUUUUCUCUCAUAACAUUCCUGCAAUUUUUAAUUUUUUUCCAAAGAAUUUCCAGAAAUUUCAAAGAUUUUUGAGCAUUUUUCGAUUUUUUCACGAAUUUUCCGGAAAAAAAUCGGAAAUUUUUCAAUACAAUUCUCCAAAAAAUUCCCGAAAAAUCACAAAAUUUCCACUAUAACUUCUCGAAAAUCUUUGUAAUUCCUGAACAUUUUCAAAGAAUUUCUAAAAAUUCUCAAUUUUCCAGAAUUUCUUUGAAAAUUCCUGAAAAAAUCGGAACUUUUCCAAAAAAUCCGUCACUUGUAACUAUUUUUCUUCUCGUUUUUUCUCUCAUGCUCUGUACCAUUUUCCAAUUUUUUUUCACUUUUUUCCAAGUUAUCACUCUUGCAAUUUCAAAUUUAAAAUUUCAAAUAAAUCAAAACGUUAUUU